UGUAACUGGCAGCCGGUUUAAGGUUGGUUCUUCUCCGGAAUGCUCAAUGAUCGAUGGGGAAUCAUGAACAGCUCACCGGAACUCGAAGACGGACAGCGGGGCAAGAAUCAGAGGAUAAGUUGUAGUUAUCUGCUAUGUACCAUCCUUCUCUUUGUGGCCGUUCUGCUCGCAGUCACAGUGACGGGAACCAUUCUUCUUAUGAACCACUACCAGGCUCCCCCCAUGUCGGAUGGCCCGCCUCAUAUUAGCACCAAUCAAGAUGAAGCCAGUGCUUUAGUGACAGUCGAGAGGGGUGAUGGAUCACGCAUCAAUAUCUUCAUCGACCCCAACUGCCCUGAUUAUAACAGUAACUUUCUGCGGCUGGAAGGUGUGCAGACAUCUUUGCUGCACUCACUCACAGACCACGAUACAGAUCUCAAGUCCGUCAAAGGUCAGGAUAGAGCACUAUUGGUCAACUUGGCAGAGGAAGUUGCUAAGCUGUCUGCUCAUGCAGGACAGCUGAAGAUGGACUAUGAGUCUCUCAGAAGAGGACAAAGCAACUUGGGACAGGACCUGAAUUCACUGCAGACUGAACAGAGCAGACUUAUACAGCUGCUCUCCGAGAGCCAGAUUAACAUGGUGAAGGUUGUCAACUCUGUGAGUGAUGCUCUAAAUGCCAUGGAGAAGGAAACUGGAGGUCUGAAGGCCAGGGUGAAGGCUGACCUGCAGAGGGCGCCAGUCAGAGGAGUUCGCCUUAAAGGCUGUGCUAAUGGUUCUCGUCCACGGGACUGUAGUGAUAUAUAUGCUAGCGGUCAGAGAGAAGAUGGCAUCUACUCUGUUUUUCCCACUCAUUACCCUGCAGGCUUUCAGGUCUACUGUGAUAUGAGCACAGACGGAGGUGGCUGGACGGUAAUCCAGCGGAGGGAGGAUGGGUCUGUGAACUUCUUCAGGGAGUGGGACUCCUACAGGGAAGGAUUUGGCAAAAUCACCGGAGAGUACUGGCUUGGGUUGAAACAAAUCCAUGCUCUGUCUAUCCAAGGAAACUACGAGCUGCGCAUAGAUCUUGAAGAUUUUGAGAACAGCACAGCUUUUGCACAGUAUGGCGUGUUUGGAGUUGGGCUAUUCUCUGUUGAUCCUGAAGAUGACGGUUACCCCCUCACCAUUGCUGAUUACUCUGGCACUGCAGGAGAUUCGUUGCUUAAGCACAAUGGAAUGAAAUUCACGACAAAAGACAGAGACAACGAUCAUUCGGAGAACAACUGUGCUUCAUUCUAUCACGGCGCCUGGUGGUACCGAAACUGCCACACCUCCAACCUUAACGGCCAGUACCUGCGUGGACAGCACACCUCUUACGCCGAUGGGAUCGAGUGGUCAUCCUGGACUGGGUGGCAGUACUCACUAAAAUUCACAGAAAUGAAAAUUCGGCCAACACGUGAAGAGCGAGAAAGCAAGUAACUGCACAAAAAGAAAAAUUUUAAUGUAAGGGAA